CGUAUCCCACUAGGGUUCGAGGUCCCAAGAACCCCAAGAUCGAGCAGGGCCCUGGAGAGAAGCUCAGGGACAUCCCAAAUGUGCUUUUCAAGAUGUCAAAAAGGAAGACGGAUGACAGCCUUAGUGUUCUUCAUGCAAUCCUUUUUGGAAGAAAAUCAAAUGUUACAUACGUGAAACGGAACAUCUUACAGUUCUCUGGAUUUGUCUGGGCUGGGAAUGAGGAAAGGGAGAAGAUGAAAGUGAAAGAGAAGCUUGACAAGUUUACCAAAGACAAGCUGCUGGAUUUCUGUCAAUUAUUUGAUAUUCCUGUACAUAAGAGAGUAACCAAAAAGGAGGAAGCCUCAGAGAAAUUAUUAGAAUUUCUCGAAUCCCCUUAUGUCACCAGAGAUGAUAUACUUGAAGAACAGGAAGGCAAAAAACGAAAGAGGAAAGAAGAAGAUGAUCAGAAAACAUUUAGCGAAGAAGCAUCUGAUAAGGAAGAAAAUAAGAAACAAAACAGGAGUUCGAAUAACAGUGCACAAAAUGGAAGGACUGCCAAAUCUAAUAAACGCGAUAAAGGUGGAGGUAAAUCUGGUGACCUUGAGGAUAAUAAUCAUGUAAUAAGCAAGCCACUUGCCAAGAAAAAGAGUUCUGGGAAGCCCCUAGCAUCUGGUGCCGUGAAGACAAAGGACCACAUUUCAUCUGUCAAUAAAGCUUCUUCAACAAAAUCUAAUAAAAGCACAUUAAAGUCCAAUCUGAGAGCUCCAAAAGAUGAAUCGAAGACAACUUUAAAAAGCAAAAAAAGGGCACCUGCAGGAAGUAGAAGUAAAAAGGUACCAUCUACUGAGCCAAACAGGAAGGAGAUCAAGUCUGUUGCAAAAAAGAAGUCUGGUCUUCCAGUAAAGGAUUCUGUAAAAGUACCAAAACAUGUUACAAAAUCUUCAAAAAAGAGUACUUCUAUAGGUGGUAAUAAUAAGAAAGGUCGCAAUAAUGAUAAACCAUCAACUGGGGGGAAAAAGGCAGACAAGAAAAGAACCACAAAACUGGAGCUUUCCACCAAGAAAAAAAGAAAAAGAAAUGUUCUAGAGAAAGUCAUCAAGAAACCCAGCAGAGAGGAAAUGCUUCCUGUGGUUGCUGAUAUCUUGAAAGAUGUUGACUUUGAAGUUGUGACCUUGAAUGAUAUUCUGAAACAAUUAGAAACUCACUUCAAGGUCAGCUUGUCAGAUAGAAAAGGAGAUGUAAAGAGCAUAAUAGAAGAGGUAAUAACUAACAUGACAGAUGAUGAAGAUGGCGAGGAUGCAGGCAGUAACUAGAAUGAUAUAGAAGAUGAGUCAGAUGAAGGGGAUGGUGGCAAAUAGGGGAUCGUCGAAGUCAGCUGAUCUUGAAACUAACCUCUUCUUUGUAGAGUAAGCAUCACAAUUUAUCACUGAAGGAAUUUUCUCCGCUAGUGAUGUGUGCCAUAGAGAGAUGAUGUAUUUUAACCAAUUAGCUAGCUCAGUGUACAAUAAAGGCUCUUGUUGUUCAAAUAGCUCUCAAUGUGCAAUAGUUUUCUCUGCUUCUAGGAAUGUAUCUUUAGAUGGCUGUGAUUAGAAAAAUGUACAAUAAUUGUGAUUAACGAACAAUAAUAGCCCAAUUCCCCUCUCUUCGAUA